AUGUCCUUUCAAACAGAUAGUGUAAUUCCUUAUGAUCUCGAUGAAGUUUCCUUGAAUCCAGCUAAGAACAACAAUAAAACACUAACUAAUAAUAGUACUAUACAAAAUACAAUAAAACAAAUGAAGUUUAACAUUUCAAAUUAUUUAAUCACUAACCGAAAUAAAUCAAAUCAAAUUAGAUUAAAUGAUAAUAUGCAUAUAAAUGAUAUUACUAAUGAAUCAUCUUCUAAAUUAUCUAAUCAUAAGGAUUCGGAAUUUCUCAAUACCGGAUUUACUUUAAUUGGUUAUACAUUUCUACUUCAAAUGAUUUUACAUAUCAUGACAUUUUUAUUGAAUAGUCUUUCUUAUCGUUAUUUGGAUACAGCUAGUUUAGGCUUAGUCAAUGUUCGACUUGGUUUAUUUUAUUCAACAUUGAUAUUUACUUCAAGAGAAGCAUUUCGUCGUGCAUGUCUUAGUCGUGGUGGACAAGUAGUCAAUAGUAACGAUAAUAAUAAUAAUAAUAAUAAUAGAAAAUCAACUGAAUCAUUAUCAAAUGCAAAUGUUACUACAAUAAUUGAUUCUACAAAUGAAGAUUUUGUUGAUGUUUCUCAGUUUAUUAAAAGUUGUAAGCAUGAAACUAAUCAAGAUGGUCAUACUUCAAUUCAGUGUAGUUUACAAUAUAAAGAACAAUUGUAUGGAAUUUUAAAUCUUGCUUGGCUAGUACUUCCAAUUGGUUUCAUCAUUGUAAUACUAUUGAGUUUUGUGUGGAUUUACAUCUUACCAUCUCCAAGUAAUCUAAUUAAUGAAUCAAAUUCUGAAUUAAAUUUAACAUCGUCAAUUAUUGAACAACGUUACAUCCUCUGUAUCAUGAUAUACGCUUUAUCUGGUCUUUUUGAAUUAGCUACUGAACCAUUAUGGCUUAUUUGUCAAUUAUCUCAUGAAGUUCGUGCAAGAAUUUUCAUUGAAGCUUUUGCUAAUACUGCUCGUUCAAUUGGAAUAAUAUUUGCAAUAUUUACUCUACCAUCCCAGUAUGCCAUUUAUUCACUUAGUAUACCUCAACUUCUUCAUGGUUCAACAUUGUUCAUAAGUUACUUAUUGUAUUUUCAAUAUGGUAUACCACGUUCAACAUCAAAUAACGAAUUGAAACUUAAAGGAAUCACAGGAAUCGCUUCGUUAAAAGAUAUUUUACCAAGUUAUUUUCGGUAUUCUAUCGAUCGACAAGGCCUACAACUUGUAAAGAACUUUUUUGGUCAGUGUAUACUGAAACAACUUUUAACAGAAGGUGAAAGAUAUUUAAUCAGUGCGUUCCAUCUGAUAAGUUUCACUGAUCAGGGUAUAUAUGAUCUCGUCAAUAAUUUGGGCUCUUUAGCGGCUCGUCUACUUUUCUUACCAUUGGAAGAAAGUUGUCAUUUUAUGUUUAGUCAAUGUAUUCAAAGAGAUGUCUCUCCAAGUAAACAAGACAAAAAAUUACUUAUGGAUGCAUUUCGUAUGCUUAAAACAGCUUUACAUAUUUCAAGUCUUAUAGCUUGGAUUGGUGUAACUUUUGCUCAAGCUAAUUCUCGUUUAUUAUUAAUGAUUUACGCUGGGCAUAGAUUAGCUGAUAAUUAUGUAGCGGUCAAUUUAUUACAAUUAUAUUCUGCUUAUGUUUUGUUACUUGCAUGGAAUGGUUCGACUGAAGCGCUGUUGAAUUCCGCAAUGUCAACAGAUGAAGUUUUACGUCACAAUCAACGUUUAAUAGUAUUUUCCAUAAUAUUUCUCAGCGCAAAUUGGUUUCUUGUCCCAAUAUUCAAUGUAUACGGUUUUGUACUGGCCAAUUGUAUUAACAUGAUUACUCGUAUUUUAUAUAGUGUUUAUUAUAUUAACAAAUUUUUGGCAAAAAUUGAUGAACCAACGAAUAUUGAAAAACAAAACAACUUGGAUGAUGAUGAUGAUAAUGAUAGCAGCUGCAGUAGUAGUAAAAAAUCAUCGACUUUCGUGGUGUUAUCAAACUGUGAAAUGGAAAAAUUCUCAAAUAUUUCAUUAUUAUCAUUAAUGUUUCCAUCAUAUAAUGAAAUGUGCAUUCUAUCCAUUUCACUUGUAUGUACUUUAAUUUCACAAUACUUUUUCUGUUGUUCUUUUGGCAUUCUAUGGAUGAUAUUACAUGGUACAAUUACAUUUGGAUUCUUAUUCAUCACAUUAAUAAUAAUUUAUUACGAAGAAGUUGAUAUUCUACAACUUAUUCAAAAUCGUUUACCAUCUUUAUUACAAUACAAAAAAUCACAAUAA